UCAAAUUUCAGGUGUCAUCCCUAAUCCUUGAGUAGAAAUAAUCAAGUUCAAUUUUUUUGUUUAAAAGUUAAAGAGAAAGCCUGAACUAAAUAGUAAAUACACAGAAUCUCGCAUAAGUCAAUCAGACUCGGGUUAUAAUUAAGUCCGAAAUGGCAAGUUAAAUAGCAAUUUGUCCGAAACAAUUUGCCGCCAUUAAUGAGUCUGCAACUAGAACUAAACGACUACUAAAAUUCUGGGAAUUCAACAAAAAUCGAAGGUUAAUUCAUAAUCCAUGUUUGUUCAUAGUCGUUCUGCAAAAUCAUUCCUCCGAGCAAUUUCAAUUUCAAUUUCAACUUCAACAUCAAACCCAGAAACAAUUUCUCAUCUAUUCCCUAAAACCCUAAACCCUAAUUUCAACAACAAAUUCGCCGUCGAAUUUCAAUGGUUGAUUAGGAAAAUCAGCACUAGUUCAUCGGCUGGAGGAGUGUGGCGGAACCCUAAUAGUAUAUCAAUAUGGAGGAGAAAGAAAGAAAUUGGGAAAGAGGGUUUAAUUGUUGCCAAAGAAUUGAAGCGUCUUCAGUCAAACCCUAAUCGUCUUCAACGUUGUAUUCAAUCUCAUGUUUCUCGACUCCUUAAAUCUGAUCUUGUUUCUGUUCUUGCUGAAUUUCAACGCCAAGAUCAAGUUUUUCUCUCAAUGAAAUUGUAUGAUGUGGUGCGGAAAGAGAUAUGGUACCGUCCAGACAUGUUCUUCUACAGGGACAUGCUCAUGAUGCUUGCAAGGAACAAAAAGGUAGAUGAAGCAAAGCGGGUUUGGGAAGACUUGAAGAGGGAAGAAGUCCUAUUUGAUCAGCACACAUUCGGUGACAUUAUGAGGGCCUUUUUGGACAAUGAACUGCCAGAUGAGGCAAUAGAAAUAUAUGCUGAAAUGAGGCAAUCCCCCGAUCCCCCUCUUUCACUUCCUUUUCGAGUCAUUCUGAAAGGGCUUAUUCCAUAUCCUGAAUUGAGGGAGAAGAUCAAAGCUGACUUUCUGGAGCUAUUUCCUGGUUACUCUGUCUACGACCCUCCUGAAGACCUCUUUGAAGACCAAGACUGGAAAACAGAGUGUGAUUUGGAUUAGUAAGGCAAGUUUACCAACCUUAGUUCUUUAAGAGAGAGAGAGAGGAGAUUUUUGGAAAACAGAGAGUGAUUUGGAACAGUGAGUAUUUAUCUUCUUAAGAAAAAAAAAGGAAAAAAAAGUUUUUUUGAUUGGAUGAAACCUCGACUAAAAGUCUGUAACUGGAAAUUUUUUUAUCUAUGUUUUAAAUGAGAAAAUUUAAGCUUAAAAAGCACUUUGUAUAUUCCAAACAAUUGAGACUGCUGUAAUCUCACCAGUGUGUAAGUUUGAUAAUACAAUUGAGACUCUCAUUUCACAGAGAUAGAAA